CAAGAUUACCUGAUGCUUUGCGCCGUGGACGAGGCGGAGGAGAUGGUGGACGGAGGCAAGAAAGACGCCAUCGACGAUUUGAAGGAAGGAGAGCUGGAGGCGUUCGUCAGCUCCCUGGGCCUCGGCAAGUAUGCGAGCAGUUGCUUGGUGGUCGAGGAUGAGGAGGGCGACGGUGGCAGUGAAGAGAAAGAGAAGCCCCCAAAGAAAGAGAAAAGCAAGAAAGGAACUGACCCCCCUUCGUUAGAAAGGAAAAAAGAAAAAAAAGUCAAGGAAAAGGCAAGUGGUGUGAAAAACAACAAGAAGCAGCAAGCUGGUGGUGAUCAGGACCAGCACCUUUCAGCAAAGAAAGAGAGGCUGGAAGAAGAUUUUGAAUUUCAUGCCAGACAAGUGAUACUGAUCAAACCAGGGGGCAAAUGGUAUGAUCUAGAGUACACCAACGAAUUCUCUUCAGAGCCACAAAAUCAGAUGCUUCUGGCCAAGUAUAAGGACCUGGCCCAAAAGCUGUACCAACAUGAGAUAGACCUGUAUAAGAACAAGACAGAUUAUCAGAAGGGGGCCUCUUCGGCAUGGAUGAAAACUGUUGUGUCGUCGGGUACCUUGGCUGACAGGAUGGCAGCGAUGACCCUCCUCAUUCAGGACAGUGCUGUCCACAGUCUCCAGUUUGUUGAGAACUUGGUAAACCUCAUCAGGAAAAAGGGCAGCAAGCAUCAGAGCCUCAUGGCUUUGGAUACAUUCAAGGAGCUUCUCAUUUCAGAUCUCUUGCCAGACACUCGGAAAUUAUGGUCUUUCUCGCAGCGACCAUUUAACAACAUAGAGAAGAUGUCGAGCGGCAACAGGGAUUCAAGAGACAGGCGGUUGAUACUGUGGUACUUUGAGCAUCACCUGAAACUGCAAGUGGCAGAGUUUGUGCAAGCGUUAGAAACACUGAGUCAUGAUUCUCUGACAGCAGCAAAAUCCCGAGCCCUGGCAGUUGCCCACGAGCUUCUUUGUAACAAACCCGAGCAGGAAAAAGUUCUGCUUGUUCAGCUGGUAAAUAAACUGGGAGACCCUCAGAACAAAAUCGCCACCAAAGCCUCUUACCUUUUAGAGACGUUACUUCACAAGCAUCCAAAUAUGAAGGGAGUAGUGUGCAGUGAGGUGGAGAGGCUUUUGUACCGGGCAAACAUUAACGUGAAAACUCAAUAUUAUGCUAUUUGCUUUCUAAAUCAGAUCGUCCUCAGUCAUGAAGAAAGUGCCCUGGCUAGCAAACUGAUAACUCUGUACUUUGGCUUUUUUCGGAACUGCAUUAAGAAAAAAGAUGUUGAAUCGAAAAUGCUCAGUGCUCUUCUUUGUGGGGUAAACAGGGCUUACCCUUACGCUGAGACUGGUGAUGAGAAGGUGAAAGAACAAAUGGACACGUUGUUUAAAGUUCUGCAUCUUGUGAACUUCAGUACCAGUGUCCAGGCCCUGAUGUUACUGUUCCAAGUGAUGGACUCCCAGCAGACUGUGUCAGAUAGGUACUACACAGCACUGUACAGGAAGCUUCUAGAUCCUGCUUUAGCAACCUGCUCAAAGCCAUCCAUGUUUCUCAAUCUUGUCUAUAAAUCUCUGAAGGCAGAUGUAGUGUUACGGCGCGUGAAGGCCUUUGUGAAGAGGCUACUUCAAGUCACUUGUGGACAAAUGCCACCCUUCAUUUGUGGAACCCUGUACCUUCUGUCUGAGCUUCUGAAAGUAAAACCAGAGUUAAGGGUCCAGUUGCAGGAUCAUGUGGAGUCAGAUGAUGAAGAGUGCUUUAAGGAUCAAGAAGAGGCUGAAGAGGCUGAGGAAAAAUUUGUGGAUGUAGACAAAGUAGAAGAUGAAGAGAGCAGCACAACAGAAAAUGCUGCUAAAACAAACAUUUCAAAUUCAACAGCCUCAUGGGUGCAUCAUCUGAAUAUGGGAGGCAGGAAGAGUGGAGCUUUGUAUGAUCCUAUGCACCGAAGUCCUUUGUACUGUGGCGCUGAAAGUACAAGCCUUUGGGAGCUGAAGAAGCUUUCUGAACAUUUUCAUCCAUCUGUGGCCCUAUUUGCAAAAACAAUUCUAGAAGGAAAUCACAUUCAGUACUCUGGUGACCCUUUGCAAGAUUUCACAUUGAUGAGGUUCUUGGAUCGUUUUGUGUACAGAAAUCCCAAACUCCAUAAAGGCAAAGAAAACACCAGCAGUGUGGUAAUGCAGCCGAAGAAGAAGCAGUUCAUGAAAGAUGUGCAUAGUCUUGCAGUCAACAGUAAGGAGUUCUGUGCCAAAGAUGAAAGCAAAAUCCCAGUGGACGAAGUGUUUUUUCACAGAUUUUAUUCAAAGUUUGAUAAGAGGAGGGAGAAGCAAAAGCGUCAGGAUGAUGAAGAAAGUGUGGAAGAUGUAGAUGAUGAUGAAUUUGAAAGAGCAUUGGAUACAUUUGAAGCUGCUGAUAAUGCCAUUGAUGUUGGUGCGGAUGACCUUGAUUUUGCUAGUAAUGUAAAAAAACAAGCCCAAGGUGGUAAGAAAGGCCAAAGAGGUGAGGAAUCCCGUGCUGAUUGGGAGGAUUCUGAUGAUGAAGAUGAAUUCAGUGAUCUGGAUGAUGAGGAAGUCUCCUUAGGAAGUAUGGAGGAAGACUUUGAAGAGGAUAUGGAUGAAGAGGGAGGUGUAUUUAUGGAUGUGUCUGAUGAUGAUAACAGCCAAGACCCAAACAAUGACAAGCAAUUGAAGUCUGUCAGUAAAAAGGGCAAGAGAAAGAAAGAUAUUAAUUUUAUGGGAUCACUUGAAGGAUCCAACCGAGGAAAGAAGAGAAAACUCAAAGAUGCCAGUAUAUUGGCAUCUGCGGAAGAGUUUGGCUAUCUGCUGGAUGAAAAUACUGGGUCCAAGUUUGACAAUAUCGGAAUGAACGCCAUGGCCAACAGAGAUAACGCAAAUAUCAAACAGAUCCAGUGGGAAAUAGAGCGUGACAAGUGGCUUCACAAUAGGGAUGUGAAAAGCAUCAUCAAAAAGAAGAAACAGUUCAGGCACAGAGGGCUGAAAAACAAGUACAAAGGCAAGAAAUCAAAACGAUGA